AUAGUCAUUGUGGAGAUGAGGGGAGCUGAGAAGGAAACAGGAAAUUUGGGUGUGACCAGUGGCAAUGUGAUCUCUUUUGAAUUUUUUUUUAAGUCAUGGAGGAACAGCAGUCAGACUCCUUCCCCAUGUCUUAUCCAUAGACUGGACCACAUUGUGAUGACAGUAAAGAGUAUCAAAGACACCACGAUGUUUUAUUCCAAGAUCCUGGGCAUGGAAGUCACAACUUUCAAGGGCGACCGGAAAGCAUUGUGUUUUGGAGACCAGAAAUUUAACCUCCAUGAGGUGGGAAAGGAAUUUGAACCCAAAGCUGCUCACCCAGUUCCUGGCUCCCUGGACAUAUGUCUGAUCACAGAGGUACCUUUGGAGGAAAUGGUCCAGCACCUCAAGGUUUGUGAUGUCCCCAUUGAGGAGGGUCCAGUCCCCAGAACAGGGGCCAAAGGACCCAUUAUGUCCAUCUACUUCCGAGACCCUGACAGAAACCUGAUUGAGGUGUCCAACUAUAUCUCCUCAUGAUUGAGGCUGGCCCUCUGCCAUUCUGUUCCCUGUGAUGUCUCCCUCUCCCUUUCUGCCUGCAAACUCUCACCCAAGCCCAGAGAUCUCCAAGGACUGAGGACUUCAGCACUUCAUUCUUCCUACUGGGGGGACCUGAGUUGGGUUUGGGACCAAAAUUACAUGUCUGAAUGUCCUCCAUCCAAGGCUCCCCUAAUAAAUUAACAACCUGUCAAUUAAUAUGAGCUCUUCAUUAUUAUUGUCUCAGUGCUAUGUAUGAAUGUUUGUCCAGGGUGUGAGGUCUCUGAGCUGUUUGGGGGUCAGUGACCAGGGUAUGACAUCUCUGAGGACCAAAUCCAGGGUCAUCCCCUUGGGAUUCA